AUGGAAUCGUCGCCCCUCCGAGCCUUUUGGCUGACCGUCCUCAUCGGCGGUUUCCUGCCUUGCGCCUUGUGUGACACAAGUGAUUUGACUGCUGUUGAUCCGGAUUUCACAGUGAGUAUCCCGAAAGACGGACUUCCAGGGGAUCUCGAAGAAGUCUUCUUUCUUCAGCCGGCUGGCACUCUUCGCGUCAUCGACGAGACCGGCUCAGCUGUCUAUAUGCCCCAGAUGAGCACGGACUCUGAGGAUGGUGCUUCUGCACGAAUUCGCACUGACUCUGGCGAUGCUUCGUCGGAAACGUACAGCGCCGCGUACGCGUUCGUGAAUGGAAAGUGUGACUUCACGAAGGAAAUCCAGUACAAGGACGCAUUUCCAGGGUACUCUCAGCCGAUUUGGGUUCGGACCGCCUCUGCUGAUGCCGCGGAGGCGAAAGCAUCAUCGGGGGGAGCGGUUGCGAACUUCACAUUGACGAACCCUCCUGAAGAGUAUUUGACUGAGGUGGUGAGUUUCUGCGUGAGAUUCAAGACGUUCUUGGCUUCAGGAUCUUCAACCACGACAACGACUACAUCGACAAGGGUGACAACUGCAGUAAAAGCAACGUCAAAACAUAUCUCUCCACAGACAGAGAUGCCUGGCUCUCUACCGACUGAGAGGCCACAAUCUGACACUUCAGGUCACGCUACGGAGGAAGAUCCCGGAAAGGACGAGAAUGGUGACGAUGCUGACCAAGUAGCAGGCAGCCCGGGAAAUGCACAAGGUGGUCAGGUCACCACACCAGGUUCUGCGCAUGCCUCACCGACGGAUCCGCAGCACCCAGCAGGGGCUGGAGCCUCCUCUAACCCGGUUGGCUCUGGGGGCGACGGGGCAGCAGAGGCGCACGCACAGUCGAGGAGGCUCUCUGAACCAGACAGCCCGGAAGAGGCAUACUUGACAAUCGUCGUACACUCCGCUGCCUGGGGAUUGGCAGGGGGAAUCGGAGCACUCUCAGCUUUUGUUCUCUCCAUUACCUUUACACUGUGGUCCACAUUCUAG